AUGGGAUCCCCCCCUGAUGCUGACAUCCAUCCAACUGCAACCGGCUGGGCAAAGGAGGUUGUUGACAAACACUCCAAAGAGCAGCCAUUCAAGUUAUAUUCAGGCUGGUUUUGCCCUCCAGCGAAAGUGAAUCCUUACAAGAAACCGGAAUCACUUCUUGAGCUUAACCCACGGGGCCUAGUACCGACCCUUGCCUGCCCAACUCUCCAGCCCGAUGGAUCAUCUGCCGUUAAACCAUUGUAUGAAUCCACUGUGAUUAAUGAGUUUCUUGAAGAUGCAUUCCCAAACCCCGAACUGCCACUGCACCCGGCAGACCCAUACCAAAAGGCAAGAGGACGUAUCUGGAUCGACUAUGUGACAUCGCGAAUAACUCCUUCUUUCUAUCGUUUUCUUCAAUACCAGGGUAAAGAGGAGGGAUUAAACAAAGCUAGAGAAGAGCUCCUGGGCCAUUUAAAAGAAUUCAUUCUAGCAAUGGAUGAGAUUGGUCCUUUCUUUCACGGAAGCGAUUUCAUGUUACCGGACAUAAUGCUUGCACCUUUGGCGAUUAGAUUAUGGAUUAUUGAUCACUUCAAGAAAGGGGGGCUGGGUAUACCGGCUCCGAAAGAAGGAGGGAAAGAUGAAGUUGUUUGGAGGAGGUGGAGAAUCUGGCUGGCAGCAGUUGAGACAAGGGAAAGCGUGGCUUCGACCAUGAGUGAUAAAGAACACUCCAUGCCUAUUUAUAAACGCUAUGCGGAUGAUGUUGCUCAAAGUGAAUUGGCAAAGGCAACGAGAGCUGGAAAGGGUGUACCUUGA